AUCUUUGUCCGGAGUUAAAAGCAGAGUUGGAACUUCGAACCAACUGUCCUGUUAUCCUUUGUUCAAACCGCUGAGAUUGCUAGGCUAAAAGUGAAUGCCCACAACGGUUCCAGAUAAUUACCAAAUUACCACUGUAUUGGAAAAUUACUAUUAUAUCCUCCAACAAAGAUACCCCUUUUCGUCAUCUCAAAAACCCUAACCUGGACAGAAGGCUCUUUUGCUUCACUGCUUCACUUUGGACAGCGAAAAAAAUGGCUUCACAAAUGGCGAUCUUCACCGGAACCCGAAUCCAACUCCUAGUAAACCGAACCAAAUGUAUUUCCACCUUCCCUUUCCUUUCUCAAGAACCUCAACUCACCGAGUUGACUCAGUCCACUCAAACUCAAAUCACUCCUCUACCUCCCAACCCGGCCUCUGGCAGCCCUCUCUACCACGAGAACUGGCGAAACCCCAAUGUGGCAAAAAAUUCGACCUCCCUAGCUCAAUCCCUUAUUCCCCUCGGCUUCCUGGCCCAAACCCCUGCCCAUCGGAUUCAAUACCUCUCCCAAACCCUCGACGCGCCUGCUUUAAUGAACCAUUUCGCUGAUUGGAUGACUAAGAAACAGUGGACCGACGUGAAACAGCUUUUCGAGUUCUGGGUUCGAUCGCUGGAUAAGAACGGGAAGCCCAAUAAGCCCGAUGUGAAUCUUUAUAAUCAUUAUUUGAGAGCUAAUUUGAUGAUGGGAGCUUCGGCAGGGGAUUUGCUUGAUUUGGUGACGCAAAUGGAUGAAUUUGCGAUUGUUCCCAAUACAGUGGCCUAUAAUUUGGUUUUAAAGGCUAUGAAUCAAGCUAAGGAAACUGAAGCCGCUAAGAAGUUGCUUGAACGGAUGCUGCAAGGUGGAACAGAAUCUCUGCCUGAUGAUGAAUCUUAUGAUUUGGUUAUUGGAAUGCUAUUUGGGACACAACAGAUUGAUGCAGCCUUGAAAUAUGUAGAUAUGGCCUUAAAAUUUGGUUGUAAGUUGUCUACGAAAGCAUUUACAGAAUGUGUGUGGUACUGUAUUAACCAGGGCCAGCUUGACAAUUUGGUUACUGUCAUUGAGAGGUGCAAGACAACAGAUCGGAAUAAAGCUCUUUAUCCAAAUUGGAAUUUGUGCAACUAUCUUGCAGAAGUUGCAAUGCAAGCGGAUAACAGCAAGUUAGCAUUUUAUGCCUUGGAAUUUUUGGGCAAAUGGAUUGCUUGGGGCGAAAUUGCAAGGCCACCUUUAUUGCUUUCUGUAGAUGAAGGUUUAAUUGUAUCAGCACUUGCAACUGCAGGUAGGACCUACAGUUCAAACCUGUUGGAUAUGUCCUGGGUAAUCCUACGGCACUCUUUGCGUCAAAAGAAGGUGCCUAGCACUGAAUCUUUCCUUGGGAAGAUAUAUGCUCAUGCAUCAUUGGGGAAUCUACAGAAAGCUUUUGCUACGCUGCACAUGUUUGAGGCAGCUCAUGGGAAUUCCAUUAAUGAAGCAGAAGAUUCGUUCUCACCUUUUACCUCUUUAUAUCCAUUGGUUGUGGUUUGCUCAAAGAAGGGUUUUGAGACUUUGGAUUCAGUAUAUUAUGAGCUUGAGAAUUUAAGCCAUGCAAACCCUCCAAAAAAGUCUGUCGCUGCUUUGAAUUGUAUAAUUUUGGGUUGUGGAAACAUAUGGGACAUUGAGCGUGCCUACCAAACAUUUGAUGCAAUAAGUUCUUCUUUUGGGCUUACCCCUGAUAUUCAUUCAUAUAAUGCUCUAAUCUAUGCAUUUGGAAAGGUGAAGAAGACUUUUGAAGCUUCAAGGGUGUUUGAACACAUGCUGAGCUUGGGUGUCAAACCUAAUGCUAAGUCAUAUUCAUUGCUUGUUGAUGCUCAUCUCAUCAAUCGAGAUCAAAAAGCUGCUCUCUCUGUAAUUGAGGAGAUGGUGACUGCUGGAUUUAUACCCUCCAAAGAAACACUAAAAAAGGUCAGAAGGCGAUGUAUACGAGAGAUGGACUAUGAGUGUGAUGACCAAGUUGAAUCCCUGGCAAAGAAAUUCAGCAUUCGAAUGGGCUCAGAAAACCGCAGGGGCAUACUUUUUGAUCUUGACUAUGGCACUGAAUAUGCAUCAUAGAUUCAGGUCUAUUUUAUGUUGGAAAUAUCAACAGUGAUGAUUAGGGUUCACCAAGUUCACAUGUUGCAAGGUCCAAAGAACUAUGAACCCACUUUUCUGUACAUUAUUUGAUUUUUAUCAAUUUUGAGCCUUGGCAGGAUAAAUGUCAUGACCAUAGCUUGUGAAUUUUUUCCUAGUUUUUCUAUUCUUCUUAUUUUCCCAUUUAUAUGCUUUCUGAGUAGGAACACAAAAUGUUAAUCAAAAGGUAUUCUCAUGUUGACAAAUAAAUGUAGAACCAUCCCAAUUAUUUAAGGAGCGAUGAGCAUAAAUUUAUUUAUUUUUUCAACCUUUUAAUUUAAUCUGGCUCUCUUGUUCAUCUCUCCAUAUGCGGUUUAACGAUGAUGGAUGUUGA